AAAAUUAGUUGCAUUAUCUCGAGGAAUCCCGUUAAAUAAUCUCACGAUCGCACAAUAAUUAUAUCUUCCCUCGAAGAGCGGAUGAACCAACGGCUAAUCAUUAUCUUUCUCCAUUAUUAGGUCGAUCGUAAUUAUUAAUCCUUAAUAAAACAAGAUUUUUACGGCCGGGAGAAUAACGAAAAGCAAAAGAGAAAACGUAAAAAAACAAAAAAAAAAAAAAGAAGAAAAAAGUCCAAGCAAAAAAUCGCGCUCUACACGGUCAGUCGGUAACUAAUUCCUAUAAGAACUCGGAGAUGAGAAAAAAAAAAAAAGCGCAUACCAGUAUCACCGCCAGUUUCCUUUCCUUGAUCUAUAAGGACAACAACCCCAAAAAUAAAAUAAAAAACCCUAAAUAACAAGAUCGAUUUCCGUUCUUUAAUCUCCUUCACCGAUCGAUAUCUCUCGCCGCCGUCGAAACAAUGCGCUACUUAUCGUUCGAGUUUCAUUCCGGCAGUCUCAAUAGUGGGUGCCGAGAGAGCUUCUUGAGGGAUUUCAAGGAGCUGGGGGAAGAAGGGCCGGAAUCCGCCGUCAGGAGAAUCGUCCAACUGUCCCAUAUGGCGGCCGAGAUCAACGGCCAGGAUCGCGUCUUCGGUCCGCUCGUCAAGUGCGUGGAAGACGCACUAGUAGUGGGCCCCGCCGCGGAAGAUAUUAACAACGGUACUGCGAGGACGACGACUGAUGACGUGUUGUUCGCGUGGGACCUACCCAACGGCGGCGGCAGGGUCACCGUAUCGAGAUUCACCGCACGUGCGAUGGUGGCGGACGUCCCCGACGAGGAGUACGACUACGACAGCGAGCUGGAGCGGCGGCUCUGCGAGGACGAUGAUAUCCUUGAGGAGGAUAUGGGAUUGGAAUUGGAAUUGGAGAGCGAGAGCGAGGAGGAGGAGGAGGCGGUGGUGGAUGUGGAGGAGUUUCUAGAGGACGUGAGGGUGGAAGGAGGCGGCGGCGGCGGCGGGGAGGGAGUUAAGUGUGGGGUUUGUUUGGAGGAGAUGGCGGCGGGGAGUGAAGCGACGGCGACGAGGUGCCGGCAUGUGUACCACGGGGAGUGCAUCAGGAAGUGGCUGCGGCUGAAGCUGCGGAGGGAGGACUCCGCUGCGUGUCCCUUGUGCAGGUUCCCCGCCGCCGCCGCCGCGUCGGACAUGCAGGAGGAAACUGGAUGACGCCACGUGGAGGACCAUAUUUGAGGGGUUUAAUCGUUUGUGUUAUAUUUAGUCUUUGUUUGUGGUUUUGGGUAGUAGCAUGUUAGUGUAUGGUAUAUGAUUUACUAUUAAUGGGGAUUAAUUCGAGUGGUAGUCAUUUAUGGCUCAAGAUAGGGUGAGUAAUUUUAGGGUGAGUAACAAUGAGUAGGGCUGUUAAUGAACCAAGCCGCUCAUGAACGGCUCGGUAUGCGACUCGAGAAAAACUCGUUCGACACUCGAUUCGUUUUAAUCGAGCCGGCUCGCGAACAAGCUCGUUAACUAAACGAGCCGAACUCGAGCCAUACCAUGUUCAGCUCGAAAGCUCGCGAACAAGCUCAUUUAAUGGUUUGACAUAAAAAAGGAUUAGAAUUCAUGGAUUUUAUGUAUUGAAAUUGGGAUAAAUAUUGUGUUUUACUUUGCUAGACUUUGUUACAGGUUAGAAUGUAAUUUUGUGCGCAGUUCUAGGUCAAUCUUGAGCUAUCAUGAACAUUUUAUGAGCUGAACACGAAUUUGGGCUCGUUAAGCUUAUUUGACGAGCCGAGCUCGAGCUUUCAUUUUCAUAAACGAGCCGAGCUCGAGCUUGCAUAUUAAAGCUCGUAACGAACACGAGCCGAGCUCGAGCCUGGAAAUAUAUUAACGAGCCGAGCCCGAACUAUGGCAAAGCUCGGCUCGACUCGGCUCAUUAACAGCCCUAACAAUGAGUAACCAAAUCUGGACCUUUCUAUUAAGUGGCUGCAAAUCUAAAGGUAGAGAAUUAAAGGAAUUUAUUUUACCUAGUUUUCUUAAUUGGAUCAUAUCUUCUUCAUUCUAACUCAAUUUUUUUUUCCACAGAUGGAACGAGUUCGUUGUGCUAUACAAAAUGAUAUCCAUUUUCAAUAUUUUUUGAGAAUUUUUUUUAAUCUCUCUCGUUACCACCUCCAUACCAUAUGGUAUCUUCUUCGUUGUUUAGUCAUUUUCGGAAUUUUUUGCACAAAAGGAACGAUUUAAUCAUGAUCUAUUGGAUUUCAAAAUUUUAUGGGGAAAAAAUUCCAUACCUUUCGUUACCAACUCCAUACCAUACUAUACCACCCUGGUAUGAGAUGAUAUUUUUCAUACCAUAUGGUAUGCUGUUAUUUAAUACCAGUCAAUACCAUAUGGUAAUAACUGGCAAAUUUUUUUUGUUCUAAAAAAUAUCAAAGUGGAUAUCAUUUUGAAUCGUUACCAACUCCAUACCAUACUAUACCACCCUGGUAUGAGGUGGUAUUUUUCAUACCAUAUGGUAUGCUGUUAUUUAAUACCAGUCAAUACCAUAUGAUAUUAACUGGUGAUAACUGACAAAUUUUUUGUUCUAAAAAAUAUCAAAGUGGAUAUCAUUUUGAAGAGCACAAUUAAUUUGAUCUAACUGUGCAAAAAAAUUAAAUUCCGAGUUAAAACGAGUGAGAAAUUGUCCAUUAAAGAUUAAGAGAAAGAAAAUUAAUGAUUUUUCCAGGAGAGAGAAUGAGGCGCUGAUGUGACAAAUUCUUAUUGAGUUAUGUAUGAGGUUACUCAACACAAAGUUACUCACCGGAUCUGCUCUGCCAUCUAUGUUGUUUUCAUGAAAUAGCAUAUAUAUUCUAUAACAUUCGAAGUCUUGGGACGCAAGGAAUUCAUCAUUAGUGGGAGUUCCCCGAUGCAUAGCCAAGUAGCGUUUUCAAUGAACAAAGCAAAAGCAUCUCGUAUAGAAUUCUAAGUCUUGAGAUGCAAGCAAUUCAUCGAUUUUGGGAGCUUUCACUUGAGUAUAUGAUGCAAUAGCCAGUAAACCACAGUCCCAUUCACACUUUAUAAAUCCCCAACAUAAAGCAGACGCCCGUACUUGCCUAUAAAACGUCUAGAAAAUU